UCGGCAGGGGAUAUAAAUUCAACGAAUUUGCUUGUUUUAUAUUACACAGGAUGUGAAACCUUUGGAAGUAUACAGCCUAGAUUAUUUUGUUGACAGUUCACAGUUAUCUUUUAUAGUGACAGACAAAUUGAAGAAUAUUUUGAUAUACCAGUACUUACCUGAAAUUCGGGAAAGUCAUGGAGGUACACGAUUGUUAAGGAGAGCAGAUUUUAAUGCAGGAUCUCAUAUAAACACAAUGUUUCGUGUGCGAUGUAAACUCUCUGAUCCGUCCACAGAAAAAAAACUUACAGGACCACUGGAGAGACGCCAUGUCACUUACUUUGCAUCACUAGAUGGUAGUUUAGGUUACUUGUUACCGGUCUCAGAGAAGGUGUAUAGAAGAUUACUCAUGUUACAGAAUGCCCUUAAUAUGCAGCUACCUCACACUGCCGGGCUCAAUCCGAGAUCUUACAGAGCUGUACAAAAUAACUCGGCAGAUCUUGCAAAUGCCCACAAAAAUGUUCUUGAUGGUGAACUACUUUGGAAAUUUCUACAUUUAAGCGUACUGGAAAAAUCUGAAAUGGCAAAACGAAUAGGAACUAGUGUUGAUCAGUUGGUAGAAGAUUUGAUGGAGGUUGACAGAUCUACAGCUCAUUUCUGAUCAUAACAAUUAUAUUGACAAUGGCAUGAUGUAGAAUCAUGUAUACAAGGCUGUAAUAUCUGCCUGUAUGAUAUACCUACCACAGUGUUCAAUAACUAUUUUAUACACAGGGAGUGGAAGUUGUUUUAAGAUUGUGGGACUGACUUACCUCCCAUUGCAUCUUAAUUUAGACAUUGUUGU